GAUAUCGAAAUUCGUAUAAAUUUUCCGUCAAAAAGAAGAAAUUUGACGAAAAAGGAAAAAAAGACGUAGCAAAUCUGAAUCGAAUAAACCAAAUCACAAUUUUAUUUUCUUCAAUAAAAUAACACUAGCGUUUCUUUUCCUCUCUUUUCUCCAUUGCCUCCUCCUUCUUCUUCUUCUUCCCUUACAGGUUAUUGUAAUUAUAAUAACUAUAAAAAGUGUAAUCUGAGAAGGGAAGUUUUUUUUUUGGCAAUGGAGGAACCUAGCCAAGUGAAACGUGCUAUCAUUGAUUCAUCUGCUGGAGCAAUUUCUGGGGGAAUUUCUCGCACUGUAACAUCACCACUUGAUGUUAUUAAGAUUAGAUUUCAGGUUCAGCUUGAACCAACAUCUUCAUGGGCUUUACUGCGCAAAGAUUUGGUCUUAACCGCGCCGUCGAAAUAUACCGGUAUGCUUCAAGCUAGUAAAGAUAUUCUUAGAGAAGAAGGCUUUAAGGGUUUUUGGCGAGGGAAUGUACCGGCUUUGCUCAUGGUUAUGCCGUAUACAGCAAUUCAGUUUACAGUUUUACACAAGUUAAAGACUCUUGCAUCUGGUUCUUCCAAGACAGAGAAUCACACUAAUUUGAGCCCUUAUCUAUCCUAUGUCAGUGGUGCCCUAGCUGGGUGUGCAGCCACGGUUGGUUCAUAUCCUUUUGAUCUUCUCCGAACCAUAUUAGCGUCUCAAGGCGAGCCAAAGGUGUACCCUAACAUGAGGUCAGCAUUUAUGGACAUCAUCCAGACUCGUGGAUUUCAAGGCAUGUAUGCUGGUUUGUCUCCAACUUUAGUUGAGAUUGUACCUUAUGCAGGCCUACAAUUUGGAACAUAUGAUACUUUUAAGCGUUGGACCUCGGCUUGGAACCAUAAUAGAUAUUCCCACACCACGGGAGAUGAUAGUAUUUCUAGCUUUCAGCUUUUCCUUUGUGGGUUGGCGGCUGGGACAUGUGCGAAACUUGUCUGUCAUCCUCUUGAUGUGGUCAAGAAAAGAUUUCAGAUCGAAGGGCUUCAAAGGCAUCCAAGAUACGGAGCUCGAGUUGAGCAUCGAGCAUACAGUAAUAUGUACGAUGCCGUGCAUAGGAUAUUUCGGUCAGAGGGUUGGGCUGGUCUAUACAAGGGGAUAAUUCCAUCAACUAUUAAAGCUGCACCUGCUGGUGCUGUGACAUUUGUUGCAUAUGAGUUGGUAUCAGAUUGGCUAGAGUCCUUGACUUGAUUUUCCCCCUCAUUUUGAUGAUUUUUUAUAUAUAUUCUUUUUCAAAAUAGAAAUUGAUUGUUUCAUAGGGUAGGAAGAAAGGAAGGAGGAAUAUGCUAAAUAUUUUUUGAUUAGUGGUAGUUGAUAAGAUUGUACUUCCUUAAGAUGGAAGAUGGUCAAAAGGAAAACUGAGAUUUAACAUCAAUACAUUUUUACCUUUCACUCCA